ACGCAGCAUUUCAUUCUGAUUUUGUAUUUUCUGUUUUUCUCCAUUUAGUUCUCGAAGGAUUCCUUCCUACUACUCUGCUUUCUCAAUCCUUCCUUUCUCCAUCACACGCGUAAUGGCAGCGGCGACAGCUUCUAAAAUGGAAAACCCUAACGAGCAUUCGGAUCUCAAUCCGGCGCCUGCCACCGCCGAAGAUGCCUCCUCAACUCAGCCACAGGCAUCUUCCGUUGGAGGCAGCGACGAAAUGAAGAGUAAAUCGGCGGUGAUAGCCGGCAGUGCUGACGACGGCGGUGCUGUUAGUGAUAUUGAGAAGAAGAUGAAGCGUGCCGAGCGGUUUGGAAUGCCACUGCAGUUGUCCGAGGAGGAGAAGCGCAAUUCUCGAGCUGAGAGGUUCGGCACUGUUUCUGCUGUCAGUGGAUUAGAUUCUUCCAAGCCAUCAGAGGAGUUGAAGAGGAAGGCUAGAGCUGAGAGGUUCGGGAUUGCGCAGCCUGACCCAUCUGACGAGGAAGCAAAGAAGAAGGCUAGACUUGCUAGGUUUGGUUCUUUCUCCAAAACUGAUGCACUGGAGGAAGAUAAAAAGAAGGCGAGGGCAAUCAGGUUUUCACAGCCGGAUUCUAGUCCAAAGGCAAAUGGGGAAGGGAAUAUAGAGAAUACAGCGAUUGCUUAUAAGGCUGGUGGAGGAACCUAAAUGAACAUUCAUCUUUGAUCAACAGAUGGUAGGUUAGAGAGCUGACUUCUUAUUUUCCUUCCGUUCACUCUGAUUGCUUGACAUGGAUUGGACGAACACCAACCUUUUUAUCUGACUUUCAGUUGAUGUACAAGAUUGUCUUGUUUUUCUAUUUAUAGGGUUAUGGUUUGCCUGGUGAGGCCUGAGCUAAUUAACAGCAACCCUCCUUAUUUUAAUAUGCAUGAAGCACUUUAUCAACCAACCAUAUCAAAAUACUGAAGUAAUGUCUGAAAAAGGUCUUGCAGAGUCUUGUGUAGGAUGUUCUCGCUGUGCUUUUGGGUGCUUUUUUUAGCCCUUACAUUCCAUUUUGUCAACUUGAUUUUGAUGUAGGUUGCCUGAAACUUCUUUGUAAUUAUCCUCAUCUGAUAGGCUGGUGAUCAUAAUGAAAUUGCCUGCACAAAAAAGUUGCAUUAUCUACUGAAAGUUUUAUAAUGUAGGAUAUUUGGUUAGUAUCAACUUUUGGCUCUCUCCUGUAUGAGACUGAUGAUAUCUUACAGUAUUAUAUUGCCUAGCCAGGUUAAUUCAGAAUGAUAUUGCGGUGUUGGUAUGUUUAUAUUUUUUGGUCAUUCAUAGAUUUGAUAGGAGUUUAUUGACGAACAACUCAUUAUUCACUAGGCGUGUAACAUCAUCCUACAGAUGCUUCACAUUCUUGCAUGUUAAGGAUUCAUGUUUUAUAUUUUGUUAGGGAUCUCUUUCCAAGCAAAGGGCAAAAAUGUGUUUCAUGUUUUCCUGGGUUAUAUGUUGUCCCAGUGAUUUGAGCUAAAAGGAGACAUAAGGCUUUGUGCAAAUAUUUCUGAAUAAGAUACUGCAAGGAUCUGAUGAAUUAUACAGAAAUACUAAUAAUUUCAAAUGGCUCAUUGAUCUUCACUGCUUGGAAUUUGUUUAUAUAAACUGCCACUUGCAUGCUUUCUAUGGCACUCGUGACUUGACUGAGUCAAUGGGCGGUUUCUGUUCUUUAGGAAAGAAAAAUACGAGUUCAUUUUGAGGCCUCCAGAGUGUUCAUCUUCCCUUAAUUUUCUUUAGCAGCAAAAAUGUUUGUAGUGGUUUCAGGGUUUGUGAUAUGGUUGGUCUUUUGAUAUAGAUUAAUGCGGAGGGAUUGUUUGUUUUCUAGUCAUGGUCUCACCAGGUGAAUCUCUAGGUUUCUUAUAUGUGCUCGAAGGAACUGAGAUACCGGCAAAAUACUUGCAAUCUUCUGCAAGUAUGUUAUGUUUUUCGAUUCUUGCUAGUUGGAGAUCUUGUAUCGACAUAUGUUAAUUUUUGUAAAGGCCAUUUUAUUUGGUACCCUUCUACUUUCAAAA